UUCCAUGCUGCCAAACGGAAACUUUUUAGCUUAGCAAGAGGAAGAAAGAAUUAUGCAGUUUUGGAGUUGCAUAGAGAAGACAACAUGUUUUUAAGGGUUUGGCAUUCUUCGGCCAGAGGUCUUACCAGUUCGGUGGCCUUCUCUUCAAUGGUGGGUUUGCGUCUGGUUGGUUCCUUCUCUUCCUCCUAUGAGAACAACAUUGUGAUUUGUGAUGUUGAGGAGACGCUGGUGCUCAAAACGGUGCGUUUUGUACUCUCUCUCAUUUUCCUGCUAAUUUCCCGUGGCAAUAUGCAGCCCAAUAAUUUUGACCGUAUUUCCAACUUUCUAGAAGUCCUUGACCACGUUGACUGCACAGAUAAUUAUAAUAAAUUUAAAAUUUAUUAUUAUUUUUUUUUUAUUUUUUAUUUUUCACAUCAAAAUAAAGAAAUACCGAUUGGAUUAGAAGUUCAUAAGAAAUUUCCAUAUAUAAAUAUAGGUUCGUUCUCCGUAGAUUUUAACCAGCCAACCCAACUACCUCUACUUCCUUCUUCUCUCUUGUUCAUCUUUGACUCUUCUACUUCACUUCAACACCCAUGUCUUCCAUACUGGGCUUAACCUCUCAAGGUGUUGUCUUUGCCACUGCCAUGGUAGUUUCCAGCACUGUUCUUUUUCUUGCUUUCUCUAAGCAAAAAAACUUCCCUGAACUCUUUAAGAAUCAUGAUUCUCAGUCGCCAAUUCAAAAUCUACGUUCUUGCUUGCGUUCUUCAGAAGAGGGAAAGAAAAGGGACAAGAAGAAGAAGAAGAAGAAAAGCGUGAAAUUUGCAGAGAAUGUGAAGGAUACAAAAGGGAACGGAGAUGAGUACAGAAGGGAGAAAGAGAAGUCUUUGUUUGCUAAUCAAGAGAAAGAGAAAUCAAUUACAAGAAUCUGCAGAAAUGAAAUCCCAGGAACUCAUGGAAUGCCAGCGAAUAGGAUUGCUCUCUACAAUGGAAUUCUAAGGGACCGUGUGCACAGGAUUGAAUGUUCAUAUUAAUCUCUGUACAAUUCUGUGUCCAAACUCCCAAUUCUGAUUUUUUUUUUUUAAAUGGCAAAUUUAUUGGGUGUAAAUAAUAGAGCUUUAUCCAAAUUAUGAUAUAUGUAUUUUUUUCAAAUGGGAAAUUCUGGAUAAAGUGAUCAGUGUUUGUUG